ACUUCCGGAUGUACCCUUUACUUCCUGCGGCGGGCGGAAGCUAAUGGACGGUGCUCGCUGAAGCUCGGAGGUCACUGGCUACUUUUGGAACACAAACGUACAUUUCUCGGCAUGGGAUUAUUUCCAGACGAGGGAAAGGUGCUCCCUCCGCCGGGAAUCGUCAACCGCACCUCGGUGUGGCUGGCCGGCGUCGGCUGGUGCGCCGCCAUGCUCCAUAACGCCAUCACACACAGGCCGCCGCUAAAGUCAGGAGUCCAUCGGCAGGUCCUGCUGGCGACAGUCGGCUGGUUCGUCGGCUACCACAUGACAAAAUAUGAAAACUACGUUAAUGCAAAACUUGAGCGAGACAUGAACGAGUACAUCAAACUCCACCCGGAGGAUUUUGUACCCAAGGAUAAAAAGACCUUUGCUGAGAUUGUUGAGCCUUUCCAUCCCGUUCGCUGAGGUCAAGUGUCGGCCGCAACUGUCAAGCGUGUGAAGUAUUGCUAAGUACUGUAUAUAAUUAAAAAUAAACACAAAGUACAAAA